AUGGAGAGAGUUUGGUUUUUGCUGCUGCUCAGCCUUGCCUUGACAGAAGGGGGGCUCUUCCUUAAUCUGAAAAAUGGAGAGCUGUGUUUGCAAAGUAUUCAGUGCAGAAGCAAAUGCUGUCACAGAAAAGAUGGGUUAAGUCUGUCUCGUUGUGCAGACAAAGCGGCUGAGAACCAGGAGUGCAGCCGAAAGCACAUUUAUCAAGUUUACUACAGGUGUCCCUGCGAGAACGGCUUAACAUGUGAGGCAGACUGGACAAUUGUGGGGGGUAUCACCAACACUGACUAUGGCAUCUGCAAAGACCCAGCAAAAAGAAUCAACAGUCAAUGA